GGCGCGAGCGCGUUGGUCGUUCGUUCAGUUGAACAUGGCGGACGCAGAGGCUUCAGCAAAGAAGAAGAAGAAGGUGAAGAGGGUCAGUGGAGAGGAAGUGGGGGAGCUCCAGCAGAGCGGGGACUUUUUCAUCCAACCAGAGUCCAAAGUGCCCACUUUGGACACGUCCCAGUGGCCUCUGCUGCUCAAGAACUUCGACAAACUGAACAUCAGAUCCAGCCACUACACACCUCUGCCCAGUGGGAGCAACCCUCUGAAGAGGAACAUCCAGGAUUACGUCAGGGCGGGCUUCAUUAACCUGGACAAACCGGCCAACCCGUCGUCUCAUGAGGUGGUGGCAUGGAUCAGGAGGAUCCUGCGGGUGGAGAAGACAGGUCACAGCGGAACCCUGGACCCAAAGGUCACCGGCUGUCUGAUCGUCUGCGUCGACCGAGCCACGCGAUUGGUCAAGUCACAGCAGAGCGCAGGUAAAGAGUACGUGGGCAUCGUCCGACUACACAACGCUAUCGAGAACGAACACACUCUGGCCCGGGCCUUGGAGACGCUGACCGGCGCCCUGUUCCAGAGGCCGCCGCUCAUCGCCGCCGUCAAGCGUCAGCUGAGAGUGAGGACCAUCUACGAGAGCAAACUGAUCGAGUACGACCCAGAGAAGAGACUGGGGAUCUUCUGGGUCAGCUGUGAGGCUGGGACCUACAUACGGACGCUGUGCGUUCACCUGGGGCUGCUGCUGGGGGUCGGAGGUCAGAUGCAGGAGCUGAGGAGGGUCCGCUCCGGUGUCCUAGGAGAGAAGGACAACAUGGUGACGAUGCACGACGUCCUGGACGCACAGUGGCAGUUUGACCACAACAAGGAUGAGUCGUACCUGCGGCGCGUCAUCUUCCCUCUGGAGAAGCUGCUGGUGUCACACAAACGCCUGGUGAUGAAGGACAGCGCUGUCAACGCCAUCUGCUACGGCGCCAAGAUCAUGUUACCGGGCGUCCUCCGGUACGAAGAUGGCAUCGAGGUCAACCAGGACGUGGUGGUCAUCACCACCAAGGGAGAGGCCAUAUGCACAGCUGUAGCUCUGAUGACCACAGCUGUGAUCUCAACAUGUGACCACGGGGUCGUCGCAAAGAUCAAGAGGGUCAUCAUGGAGCGAGACACGUAUCCUCGAAAGUGGGGUCUGGGACCGAAGGCCAGCCAGAAGAAGCUGAUGAUCCAGAAAGGCCUCCUGGACAAACACGGUAAACCCAACGGCAGCACGCCGGACGACUGGAAGGACAAGUAUGUGGACUACAGUGUCUCCAAGGUGACGGACGGGGCAUGUGACACACCAAAGAGGAAGAGGGAUGCAACAGACAGUGACAGUGAGGGCGCUGUGACGACACAGUCUGCAGAGGAAGUGAAGAAGAAGAAAAAGAAGAAAGAGAAGAAGGCCAAGUUGGAGUCUGAGGCAGGGGCGGAGCCAGCGGAGGACGGGACUGAGUCAGAGGUGGUUGAAAGCACAAAAAAGAAAAAGAAGAAGAAACAGAAGGAAAGGGAAGCAGCAGAGUGACAUGACAGGAAGCUCUGCCCACAGGAAGCUCUGCCCACAGGAAGCUCUGCCCACAGGAAGCUCUGCCCAGAGGAAGCUCCGCCCAGAGGAAACUCCAAAGUUUGAAUGAACUGAAUAAGAGCAGGAAGUGACAGAUGAGAUUUUUGUAUAAAUAUAGUGACGUAUGUUUCAUGUAAAUACUAAACAGGAAGUGGUUUGUAAUUUCAGAAUAAAAGUUUUGUUCUUUUUUUUUUAGUA